CCUUCCCUUCGCGCCACCUCGGACCAACCCGCCCGGCCGGCCCUGGCGCGUGGCCGGAGGGAAGCCCACGGCAGGCGCCCGGUGGGGGCGGAGGGGCCGCACCCGCGUGUGCGGAGCGAGGGAGAGCCGGAGGGAGGAGGGAAGGGCACAAAGGCCGGCGGCGGGUGCCGGGGUCCGGCCGAUGGCCGUGGAGGAGGGGCGCCUCCCGGUUGCUCAUGAAUAUUAACCGAGCCUGCGGCCUAGCGCGUCCCGGCGGGGCCCGGCGCCCGGCCCGCGUCCCCGCUCCUGUUCGCCGCCGAGCCCAGCGGGCGGGAAGGCUGAGCCCCUAGCUUUUUGUCUUUUCCCCACCGGCUUCCCCACACCUUUUUCAAAGUACAUAUUUGGGCCGCCCUUUGCCUCAGAUCGAGAUCACCGACCCGCCUCUGGAAGGGGCGGAGGAAAUCGUGGUAGGAGCGAUCUCGUUGGGAACUGACGCUCGUGCCUUCACGACCUGCUCAGAUUCCAGUUGGACUCGGGAGGAACGGGACUGUUUUCUGCAUUUGGCUUCACUAGCCGCCAAGAAGCCUGUCUUUGUUUUUGAAGUCUCUAGAAAUGGACGGAGACGGUGCAGUCAGUUGAAGUCCGAAGAAAUCAUCAGGACAUCCUUCAGGGGCUCCAUAAAAACAUUCCUUCCCUGGCACGUUGUUGCACCAGCCCUGUCCCUCCUCGGAGCCUAGUGUGGAAUUAUUCCUUCCCCCCGCUUUUUUUUUCUUUUUUUUUUUUUUGCUGUGUGGUGGCAUUCCUCCCCCAAUGUGGGCUCCAAAGGGUUGGUCCCUUCUUUGUGAUUUGAAAUGAAAUGAUGGCCACACGUCGGACUGGUCUGCCUGAGGGAGAUGGUGACACACUCAAGGCCCACGGGCCCCCCGCCUGUGAGGUAUCAAAAAGGAAGGAUGGAAAAGAACAAAGUGAAAAUGUAUCACCAUCUGAAGAUGAAACAUUCUCCUGGCCAGGUCCCAAAACAGUUAUGUUGAAAAGAACAUCUCAAGGUUUUGGUUUUACAUUAAGGCAUUUUAUUGUUUAUCCUCCAGAGUCUGCAAUUCAGUUUUCAUAUAAGGAUGAAGAAAAUGGCAACAGAGGAGGAAAACAGAGAAACCGCCUGGAACCCAUGGAUACCAUAUUUGUUAAACAGGUUAGAGAAGGAGGACCUGCUUUUGAAGCUGGAUUGUGCACAGGUGACCGAAUUAUAAAAGUCAAUGGAGAAAGUGUUAUUGGAAAGACGUAUUCCCAAGUAAUUGCUUUAAUUCAGAACAGUGAUACAACAUUGGAACUUAGUGUUAUGCCAAAAGAUGAAGACAUUCUCCAAGUGCUACAGUUUACAAAGGAUGUCACAGCUCUGGCAUAUUCUCAAGAUGCCUACCUGAAAGGCAAUGAAGCCUACAGUGGCAAUGCCCGCAAUAUCCCCGAACCACCACCAAUUUGCUAUCCCCGGCUGCCGUCUGCCCCGUCAGCCAUGGCACAGCCAGUUGAAGUGUCUCCUCCAGACUCAUCAUCCAGCAAACAGCAAACCAGUACUCCAGUACUUACCCAACCUAGCAGGGCUUAUAGAAUGGAAAUACAAGUGCCUCCAUCACCAACAGACGUUGCAAAGUCAAACACAGCAGUGUGUGUUUGCAAUGAGAGUGUGAGGACUGUCAUUGUACCUUCUGAGAAGGUUGUAGAUUUGUUAACUAACAGAAACAACCAUACAGUUCCUUCACACAGAACUGAAGAAGUAAGGCAUGGCAUCAAUGAGCAGCCCUCUUUAAAAACAGUGUCAAGAACCACAUCGCCAUUGUCAUCUAUACCUACUGCCCAUCUAAUUCAUCAGGCACCAGGAUCUAGAUCAUUGGAACCUUCUGGAAUUUUACUGAAAUCUAGCAAUUACAGUGGACAUUCAGAAGGAGUCUCAAGCAAUAGAUCUCAAGCUGUGGAUUCUCCUUCCGGAUCUGUUAAUCACUAUUCUCCAAAUUCCCAUCAGCACAUUGACUGGAAAAACUAUAAAACUUACAAGGAGUAUAUUGAUAACAGACGAUUGCACAUGGGUUGUCGGACAAUUCAAGAAAGAUUAGAUAGUUUAAGGGCAGCAUCUCAGAGUACAACAGAUUAUAACCAGGUGGUACCGAACCGCACAGCUUUGCAGGUACGACGCCGCAGCACCUCUCACGACCGAGUGCCCCAGUCUGCUCAGAUCCGACAACGCAGUGUGUCCCAGGAGAGGCUGGAGGACUCCGUGUUAACAAAAUAUUGUCCACGCAGUGCCUCACAAGGAGCACUGACAGCCCCACCCGUUAGUUUUAGCAAUCAUAGAACUCGUUCAUGGGAUUAUAUUGAAGGACAGGGUGAAACCUUAGAAAAUGUCGCUUCUGAAAGUCAAAUGCCAGAUUCAAAUGGAGAACGAAAACAGACUUAUAAGUGGAGUGGAUUUACUGAGCAGGAUGAUAGACGGGGUAUUUAUGAAAGAUCUAGGCAUCAAGAAAUCCAUAAAUCUUUUCGAGGCUCCAGUUUCACUGUGGCUCCGAGUGUUGUUAGUUCUGAUAAUAGGCGAAUGAGUAGCAAAGGAGUGGGAUCUGUGUCUCAAUUUAUAAAAAUUCCACCAGAUCUGAAAACACUGCAGCCAAACAGGAAUUUUCAAACUACUUGUGGAAUGUCACUCCCUCAAGGUAUUUCACAAGACAAGUCACCUCUUGUGAAAGUCAGAAGUAAUUCUCUGAAAGCACCUUCGAUGCAUGUCACAAAACCACCAUUUACCCAGAACUCAUUUGUUUCUAUCAAAGACCAAAGACCAGUAAAUCACUUGCAUCAAAACAGUCUGUUGACUCAGCAGACACGGUUAAAAACUGAAAGUGCCCUGGAUCACCAAGUGGAGACUGGGAAAAAACCCUGUUUGUCUGGAGCUUCUGUUAAGCCUGUCCCUCAGAUGAGUGAGAACUCAGGCACCGCAGAAGUAGAAUUAUCUGACACUCAAAGGAAUCAAGACUUAAAUUUACAAGAAGCUGAAAUUCACCAAUCAGAUACUUUAGAUAAUAAAGAAACUGUAACCCUAAGAGAAAAGCCUCCAUCUGGUCGCCAAACACCGCAGCCUUUAAGGCAUCAGUCUUACAUCUUGGCAGUAAAUGACCAGGAGACGGGGUCAGACACGACCUGCUGGCUGCCCAACGACGCGCGGCGAGAGGUCCACAUAAAAAGGAUUGAGGAAAGGAAGGCCUCAAGCACCAGUCCACCUGGUGACUCCCUGGCCUCCAUCCCAUUCAUAGAUGAACCAACUAGCCCUAGCAUUGAUCAUGAUCUUGCGCAUAUUCCCGCUUCUGCUGUCAUCUCAGCCUCUACCUCUCAAGCACCCUCUCUAGCAACAGUCCCUCCCAGCCUUACAACUUCAGCUCCUUUAAUUCGACGUCAGCUCUCCCAUGACCAGGAAUCUGUUGGACCUCCCAGCCUGGAUGCCCAGCCCAACUCAAAGACAGAAAGAUCAAAAUCAUAUGAUGAGGGUCUAGAUGAUUACAGAGAAGAUGCAAAAUUGUCUUUUAAGCACAUAUCAAGUCUAAAGGGAAUCAAGAUCACAGACAGCCAAAAGUCAUCAGAAGACUCUGGAUCCAGGAAAGAUUCUUCCUCAGAGGUUUUCAGUGAUGCUACGAAGGAGGGGUGGCUCCAUUACCGGCCACUGGUCACUGAUAAGGGCAAGCGAGUUGGUGGGAGCAUCCGGCCGUGGAAGCAGGUGUAUGUUGUACUUCGGGGCCAUUCGCUUUACGUGUACAAAGAUAAGCGAGAGCAGAUGACUACAUCUGAAGAAGAACAACCCAUCAGUGUUAACGCUUGCUUAAUAGACAUCUCCUACAGUGAGACCAAGAGGAAAAAUGUGUUCCGGCUCACCACACCAGACUGUGAAUGCCUCUUUCAGGCUGAAGACAGAGACGAUAUGUUAGCCUGGAUCAAGACCAUCCAGGAGAGCAGCAACCUAAAUGAAGAGGACACUGGUGUUACUAACAGGGAUCUAAUUAGUCGAAGAAUAAAAGAAUAUAACAGUCUGAUGAGCAGCAAAGCAGAACAGUUGCCAAAAACACCUCGCCAGAGCCUCAGCAUCAGGCAGACUUUGCUUGGUGCUAAAUCAGAGCCAAAGACUCAAAGUCCACAUUCUCCAAAAGAAGAGUCAGAGAGGAGGCUUCUCAGCAAAGAUGAUACCAGUCCCCCAAAAGACAAAGGCACAUGGAGAAAAGGUAUUCCAAGUAUUAUGAGAAAGACAUUUGAAAAAAAGCCUGCUGCUACUGGAACGUUCGGGGUCAGACUGGAUGAUUGCCCACCAGCUCAUACAAAUCGGUAUAUUCCAUUAAUAGUUGACAUAUGUUGCAAAUUAGUUGAAGAAAGAGGUCUUGAAUAUACAGGUAUUUAUAGAGUUCCUGGGAAUAAUGCAGCCAUCUCAAGUAUGCAAGAAGAGCUCAACAAAGGAAUGGCUGACAUCGAUACACAAGAUGAUAAAUGGCGAGAUUUGAAUGUGAUAAGCAGCUUACUAAAAUCCUUCUUCAGAAAACUCCCUGAACCUCUCUUCACAAAUGAUAAAUAUGCCGACUUUAUUGAAGCCAAUCGUAAAGAAGAUCCUCUAGAUCGUCUGAAAACAUUAAAAAGACUAAUACACGAUUUGCCUGAACAUCAUUAUGAAACACUUAAGUUUCUUUCGGCUCAUCUGAAGACAGUGGCAGAAAAUUCAGAAAAAAAUAAGAUGGAACCAAGAAAUCUAGCAAUAGUUUUUGGCCCAACUCUUGUGAGAACAUCUGAGGACAACAUGACGCACAUGGUCACUCACAUGCCGGACCAGUACAAGAUCGUGGAGACACUCAUCCAGCACCAUGACUGGUUUUUCACAGAAGAAGGUGCAGAAGAGCCUCUUACAACAGUGCAGGAGGAAAACACAGUGGACUCCCAGCCAGUGCCCAACAUAGAUCAUUUACUCACCAACAUUGGAAGGACAGGAGUGUCCCCUGGAGAUGUAUCAGAUUCAGCUACUAGUGACUCAACAAAAUCUAAGGGUUCUUGGGGAUCUGGAAAAGAUCAGUAUAGCAGGGAACUGCUUGUAUCUUCCAUCUUCGCAGCCGCUAGUCGCAAGAGGAAAAAGCCAAAAGAAAAAACACAACCUAGUAGCUCAGAAGAUGAACUGGACAAUGUGUUUUUUAAGAAAGAAAAUGCAGAACUGUGUCACAACAGUACUAAAGAAGAAUCCAAAAAAGAGAGUGAGACAUCAGGAAGAAAACAGAGGAUCAUCAUUUCCAAAGAAAAUAAUACUAAGAAAGACAGCAGUGCAACAAAAGAUGAGAAGACAUCACUGCAAAAAGAUAGUAUGGCUUCCGAAGAACCCUCACCCCCACACAAUUCAAAACACAACAGGUCACCCACUCUGAGCUGCCGCUUCACUGUACUGAAAGAGAGCCCCAGGUCCCUGGUGACACAGAAGUCCCCCCACUUUGAAGAGACAGGGUCAGACUCCGGCACUUUGCUUAGCACGUCUUCUCAGGCUUCUCUGGCAAGGUUUUCCACUAAGAAGUCCACCAGUCCAGAAACUAAACGUGCUGAGUUUUUGGCCAAUAUCAGCACCAUCACCUCAGAUUAUUCAACCACAUCCUCCACUACGUACUUGACCAGCCUUGACUCCAGCCGACUCAGCCCUGAGGUGCAGUCCGUGGCAGAAAGUAAGGGAGACGAGGCUGACGAUGAGAGAAGCGAACUGAUCAGUGAGGGGCGGCCUGUGGAGACAGACAGCGAGAACGAUUUCCCCAUUUUCCCCACCGCUUUGACUUCUGAGAGGCUUUUUCGAGGAAAACUGCAAGAAGUGCCUAAGACAAGCCGGAGAAAUUCAGAAGGAAGCGAAGUAAGUUGUACUGAGGGAAGUUUAACACCCAGUUUGGAUAGCCGAAGACAGCUCUUCAGUUCCCAUAAGCUGAUUGAAUGUGAUACGCUGUCCCGGAAAAAAUCUGCCAGGCUCAAGUCAGACAGUGGGAAUCUGGGAGAGGCCAAGAGUGAGAAAGAAACAACUUCAAUAACCAAAGUAUUUGAUGUUAUGAAGAAAGGGAAGUCAACAGGGAGUUUACUGGCCCCAACCAGGAGUGACUCAGAAAAACAGGAACCCACCUGGAAAAUGAAAAUAGCAGAUCGGUUAAAACUGAGACCCAGAGUCCCAGCAGAUGACAUGUUUGGAGUAGGAAAUCAAAAAACGAAUGCUGAGACUGCUAAAAGGAAAAACAUCAGACGUCGACAUACUCUCGGAGGGCACAGAGAUGCUUCUGAAAUCAGUGUUUUGAAUUUUUGGAAAGCGCAGGAGCAGAGUGGGGAGAGAGAGCCUGAACUCUCGGCUGUGACUCGGUUAAAGCCCAAAUGCUCGGCCCAGGACUUGUCCAUCUCGGACUGGCUUGCAAGGGAGCGCUUACGCACCAGUACAUCUGACCUUAGCAGAGGAGAAGCAGGGGACUCCCAACAGGAGAGUUCUGGCACAUUAGAAAUUUCCAUUACGGACACACCCAUGUCUUUUCAGUCUGAUGCAGACAGUUCUUCCAGUACCUUGGCUUCAACUAAUAGGCCCCUUCUUUCCAUACCACCACAGUCACCUGACCAAAUAAAUGGAGGAAGCUUCCAGAACAUGAGCCAAAAUGCUAGUUCUGCAGCUAAUGCCCAACCUCAUAAACUGUCUGAGUCCCCAGGAACUAAAGCACAGCUUCAUCCCUGUCUUUAAACUGGGGGUAUGUCCACUAUAGCAAAUAAAAGGCUACUGUUACACGUUCCAGUAACUCUGUAAAUAUUUUCUUGUACCAGAAUUGUUAUUAUGCAGCCCUCAUUUGGGCUGGUUUUGUCAUUUUGCACUGUGAAAUAGCUUUACAGUGCAUUACUACAGCCAGAAGAACAUAUAUAUAUAUUUAAAAAUAUAUUGGAUAGUUGUAUACAAAUGAGUAAGGUAUUUGUUGCAACUUACUACAUAGUGUAUACCCAAGAUUACUGAAGAAAAUAGCUGGCAUUAGUGUGCAGCAAAUUUGUUCUUUUGGUUUCAUCACUAACAGAAGUGCCUCAUCAUAAAAAUCCAUUUGGUUUUUAGGGUGCCAUAUUGUUAAAAUUAGAUAACUUACAUUGAAUAAAUGAAUGCGUUUUAUGGGUAACAAAUUGCAUUACAUUUACCAGUUUUAACACAGGUGGACACAGAACCUCUAUUCUUUAGUCAUUCCAGGUGGAUCUCUGAGUUUUAUAUUCAAACUUUUAAUACAGUUUUUGAGUUUUGUGUGACUUGAAUUUUUAAUCUUUCUGUACAAUACGUAACUUAAAUGAACAUAUUAUAUGUGUAUCUUUUCUUCAGAUACCAGAUUUGAUAUAAAUGUUGUAACAUAGGUGUGUAGAUAGUGACCUGGAUAGAACUGGCUUCUUUAUUGAGAAGAAUAUAAUUCUGCAUGAAGACUUAAUGAAUCCAAACCCAUGUCAUGCCUGUGUGCAUACCCAAUUAAACACUGGAAAUAAAAAAUUGUUUUAGUGAA